AUGUUUGGUUACUUUAUGUACAGAAUCGUAAUUAGUGUUGCAGGUCACUUAUAUCCGGCAUAUGCCUCUUUCAAAGCAAUUAAAGCGAAUGAUACAAAAAGUAUAAUGUCAUGGUUGAUUUACUGGAUUGUUAUGGCUUUGUUCUCAGUAGGAGAAGGGACUGCAGAUAAUUUUAUCUUUUGGCACGUUCCCUUUUUAUUACGAAAUAAAAAUGAUAUUCGUGCUAUGGUUGAUCCUUCCGCAAACACAACCACACGUAUCUACGAUUCUUAUGUUGUUCCAAUCUUUACACGCCAUGAGAAAGAUAUUGACAAAGUAUUAGGAAUGGCACAGGAACAAGCAACAAAUAGAGGUGCAGAAUUAACCAAACAAGGACUAGAAUUGAGUAUACAAGGACUAAAUAAGUUGUACGAAGGCCUUCUAAAGGUUAGUCGUUAG